UCGCAAAGGAGACGUCAGAGUUGGGACCGGGAUAAGGAAGGAUUAGCGAUGAUUAGGCAACUAACUGCAUGUUACAGUGGGGGAGACGUUGGCUUUCAGCACUCGGUGAGUUGCAGCUUCAGUUGCAUGUUAACAGUUGACAUGGGUCGAUUUAACAGACGCUUUACUGACAUUCACUGACAUGACAUACCCAACGCCAGAGGUUCUCCCAUUGUCACAACUUCCACUGACUGACGUCUGCCUCUCUCCUCUCCUCUUCUCGUCUCUUCUCUUCUCUCCUCCGUCUCCCAUCAAUUUAUCACCCACCAGAAAAUCAAGCUCAAAUCCAGUAAUCCCACCGCACAAUCAACCCCCGCCCUACAAAAGUGCCACCACCAUCCCAUGCCGCCAUAUCGCCCGAUUGGGCCAAACCCAUCCACCCCCCGGCCACUCCAACAUGGCACAAUCUGACGUCUCUCUUUCUUACCCAACUGCCUCUCUCGUGCAAGUUUCGUCCCGCGCAUCCCCGCCCGACCGGCUCCGAUGCCUCCGGUGCGGCGUAAGCUUGCAUGCGAGCGUGCAGGCCGCGAGUGCGGGUGACGCAAGGACGAGAGGCCUAGACUCAGAGACCGAAGGCGAGUGCGCGGCCGUGUGGGUGCUGCGAUAGGGCUGGAUACGGCCCUGCUUGUUCCCGAGUGCUGGGCUGCCAACUUGAUCGGCAUUAGUGCUUCUCGUUAUGGAAUAAACUCAAUUGCGUGUAUCGUUGAGACUCCAGAAUAAGCAGUCGGUGUAAUUUGAUGCCGUUGACUGCUCGAAGCUUCAAUACUAACACAUCACGAUGCGAUGCGUCACUCAAGGCAUGCACGAC